AAUUACUAAAUUAUAUUGGAUAUUUAUAGAAGUCAUUUAUUGAUAUCUGAUCUGACAUUGUCAGGGGUGCCUUGCCUAACUUAACAAAUUCUGUUUCAAUUAAAAAAACAAAUAUGUUUCGAUGGUAUUUUCGAAGACUCUGCAUUUGUGUGGUGCUCUUCACAUUUCUGUUUUUGCUCGCAAGGGACAGGACCAAAAAUUCGAUAAAUACUAGUGCCUUGACGCAAUUGCAUCCUAAACCCUGGAACGAUACAACUGGAGCUUUUAGGAGAAAACCUUCCUUCUUCGUGUUUAGCCCCCAGUGCAAGAUUCCAUAUGUUGAUCCGUUUGCGAAAGAGCUGCUCAGGUGGGAACCACUAAAGCUUGAGACAUGCCCUGACGGGCCGAAUUUGUUCAGCAUUAGCUUUGAUCGCGCCAGAGAGCGUUAUAGAGUACACUUGAAUAAAACAGUGGCUGAGAAGCACUUUGCGAGCUACUUCCCAUUUGGUUGUACGUAUAUUGAGAUAACCCCUGGAUCGAACAACUCGUCUGCUCAAUCAAAACCAAUAAACUUUAAUCCAGACUGGAUCGUGCCGGCUCACUUUCUGGGUAUGAUUGUCCAGUGUCAUGCGCUGGCAAACACCUCCCGAGUGAUGCAGCGCGACGCCUUCACAUUUGUCCAAAAUCCGAGGAACCCCAAUAUUGCCAAAACAGAUGCCAAGAAGCCUAGUGUCUUCAUAUUCGGCAUCGAAAGCAUGUCUCGGAUGAACUUCCGGAGGACCAUGCCGCUCACCUCGAAAUUCGUUGGCGAGGACGGAUGGUUUGAAAUGGAGGGCUACAACAGUGUGGGCGACAACAAGAUGAAUAACUUGGCGGCCAUACUUACGGAUGGAACUCGUUGGAAGGACAAACUUUUGUGUGACCCCAGAAAUCCCGCCUGCCUUUAUGACCUAACAUUGGUGUGGAAACACUUCCGGAAUGCCGGUUACCUCACUGCAUAUGCCGAGGACGUGACCUCCGACUAUUUUGACCAUCUCGGAAUGGCUUCCCUACGUCAGCCGGUGGACUUUUAUAUGCGUCCCUUCCUGGUCGCCGUCGAGAAGGUGUUUAAAACGGUUAAGAAUUUCGGACUUUGCCUGGGCAGGAGGAACAGUUUCAGCUACGUCUUCGACUUUGCCAAGCAGCUGAUUGAACGAUAUGUUUUGGAGCAUCCAACUCCGCUCUUCGGCCUGUUCUGGACAAGUACCCUCACUCAAAACGACUUUCGGGGGGGCAGAACUUUAGACGAGCUGUUCGUUCGUUACCUAGAGGAGUUCCAGAAUUACGGAUUGUUUGAAAAUUCCAUUGUGAUUCUGAUUAGUGAUCGUGGUUCCAGUCAGGGUCUUUUGGUGGAUCAUCCCUCUGGCUUUCUGGAGGAGCGACUGCCCAUGCUGCACAUUUACAUCCCUGAGCAGUAUCAUGUGAGGUAUCCAUCGGUGGUGAGGGCGCUGGAAUUGAAUAGGAAUCGUCUGAGUUCCAAUUGCGACCUGCACUUAGGAGUCCGGCAGGUUGUGCAACAGGCGCGUCCGGGAAUAUGGUUCGUGGAGUCCACUUACACAUGUCAUUCUAUCAUGAAGAUACUCCCCAAGAAUCGCGGUUGCGAUGUUGCCUCCAUUCCCCCUAAAUGGUGUGCCUGCGAGCCCUUCCUGAGGGUGCCCAUAGAGGACUCCUUUGCACAAAUAGCGUCGGUGGUUGUGUAUCGAAUGAACAAGUUCCUGAGGCGGCAAAAAGUAGCCAAGGAAUGCUAUCUAAUGGUUUUGAACAAAGUCCUGAAAGCGGAGCGACAGCUACACUAUGAUGAGAAGGGAAUUAGAGUGCCUUCUCCCAGUGGGCUCGAGACCAUUCGCCUGGUUUUUACUACCAAACCGAAAGGAGUCGUGUUUUGGUCAUUAGUUCAUAGCAACAACGACACAAAUUAUGUGAAAGUACAAUUGGAAAUGAUCACGCGUCUCGGCCCCGAUAGCAACGACUCCUAUUGUGUGGAUGAUGAAAUGGCCAAACAAUUCUGCAUUUGCCGCAAUUCCUAAUUAUGAGAACAAUUUAUUAAUAAUUUUGUAUAAGUUAGCUUUUUGAAAUCAAAUUUGUUGUGUCGUUUGAUGUGCGGCAACUCAGAAUUCUUUUGCUUAUCGUUCGAAUUUCGUUAGUCCAGAAUUCCUUUAGAUAUGGAAACUACAAUGAGACGAAGGUCCAUAUUAAAAUUUAAGAGAUACAUCA